GAAGAAAAUAUCCAAUAGCCAAACUAAUUAAUCCACCUUUGAAAAAAAACAUGCACUAUUAUAAACUAGAGCCACCGACGGUCGACGGAUGUCUAAUUGUAUAUGGUCCUCAGAAAUGAAAAAAUCAAAAGAAUAAACACGUGUGAAUUAACCGGUUUAACCAGUAGCACCAACCGUUUGUACCGGUCAGAAAAAAGCCCCACAUGCUUUAAUCAAGCAAGCCUUUAAAAACAGGAAAGGCAAAGAGUUAAAUAAGCCUCUCCAAAAGUGUGUCUGUAACAUUACCAAAACGAAACCUUCCUUGUGGAUUCCCACUUCUUUCUUCUGUUUUCUUCUUCCUCUUCUUUAAAUUGGAUGUUUUGGGCAAGAAACAGAGAGAAACACGUUAAUUUGAGAGUUUGUCAUUGAAUAUUUGGUUUGCAAUGGAAAGAGAUUUUCUGGGUUUGAGCGACAAGCAGUAUCUAAGUAAUAACGUUAAGCAUGAGGUUAACGAUGAUGCUGUCGAAGAACGAGGGUUAAGUACGAAGGCAGCUAGAGAAUGGGGGAAGUCAAAGGUUUUUGCUACUUCAAGUUUCAUGCCUUCUUCAGAUUUCCAGGAGGCUAAGGCGUUUCCGGGUGCAUACCAGUGGGGAUCAGUUUCUGCGGCCAAUGUUUUCCGCAGAUGCCAAUUUGGUGGUGCGUUUCAAAACGCGACGCCGCUUUUACUAGGCGGUUCAGUUCCUUUACCAACUCAUCCUUCUCUUGUUCCACGAGUGGCUUCCUCCGGAUCAUCUCCUCAGCUCACAAUCUUUUAUGGCGGAACUAUAAGCGUCUUUAAUGACAUAUCUCCCGAUAAGGCUCAAGCCAUCAUGUUAUGCGCCGGGAACGGUUUGAAAGGUGAAACUGGAGAUAGCAAACCGGUUCGAGAAGCUGAAAGAAUGUAUGGAAAACAAAUCCAUAACACUGCUGCUACCUCAUCAAGCUCUGCCACUCACACUGAUAAUUUCUCAAGGUGUAGGGACACACCCGUUGCUGCGACUAAUGCAAUGAGCAUGAUCGAAUCAUUCAAUGCAGCUCCUCGUAACAUGAUUCCUUCAGUCCCUCAAGCUCGGAAAGCAUCCUUGGCUCGGUUCUUGGAGAAGCGCAAAGAGAGGCUUAUGAGUGCAAUGCCAUACAAGAAGAUGCUUCUUGAUUUGUCGACCGGAGAAUCCAGUGGAAUGAAUUACUCUUCUACUUCUCCUACAUAAAACCUACACUUUUUUUUUUUUUUUUUACAAUGGUAAUUUGUAAUUGUAAUCAUUAGAUUAUGAUUAUAUAGUUACCAUUUAUAUUCUUACGAGCAGGAGAAGACGUUAGGGCGUCUCUGUAUUUGAUCAUUGUUUGUAAUGCUUUGGUCUGUUUAUUGUAGGAUUACAUUAUAACUUUAAGAACUAACAGAUAUAUGUUUGUCAUGGACUCAUGUCUGUCAAGAAUUUAAUAUCAAAUAAAAUUCACUAUAAUUUUUUUUUUGCUAAUUUCACAAACACACUUCAUUAACUAAUUAUAUGAACACUUAAUUGAUUUAUACCAAAAUCAUAUUGAAUGCAUCGCUAAAGAGAAUAGUACUAGUUUUGUAUCGCCAGCUUUCGUUGUUAACAAGUCCACUUUACUAUUAUUCUCUCGAGUUUUUUUUUGGUAUCAAUGUAAAGAAAAUAAGAAGGUGAAAAUUCUCUUGAGGUUGAUGAUUGUGUAAAAUACCUAAGAUGAUAUAUUACAAAAAAUGAUAUGUUUUCAAAGGAAAAUAUUCAUGUUUU